GUGACUUCCGCUCGGGCAGGUAAAAAGUAGGCGGCCAGCGGGCUGCACUUUACUGGACUGUCGGAGCUGCUGAGGCAUGGUGGCCGGUGGUGCGUUCAGGGACCUACUGAUGCUGUUGGUCACCGCGGUGUCCACUCAGCCAGUGGCUCCGCCCACCGAGGUGACGGUGACGUGUUACGACACGCGGGUCAGCGUGACCUGGGACUACGAUCAAGAUGAGACGAUAUUCCUGGUGGAGGUGGGACACUCGGGCAGCGGCGGGCGCCACCUGGAGGACGUGACCACGGCGCACAGGUACGACAACCUGAGCGCCCUGGUGUGGGACUCGCUGGACAGCGCCAUGGACGUCCACUACGUCACGCUGACUGCGGCGCGAGGGGCGCGUCGUUCCCCCAGCGUGUCUGCCACCUUUAGUUUCAACAACGUGAAGAUGGUGGACGUGAUUUGCAAGCUGGACUUCCCACGAGUGGACGUGAGAACGCACGGCUCAAGAACCCUGGUGAGUUUCCGGAAUCCGCUUCGCCACCACCCGCAACUGCGACGGUUCGACUGGAGGCACCACCUACUCUUGGACUUCAUCGUGUCUUUAGUCAGCGUGAGGAAACCCUCUUUGGGAGACGUCAAAGGGUCCUGUCGGGCGGAUCAGGAGACGUGCAGGGUGGACGUGGACUUCCCGGAUGGAGUGGACCAGUGUGUCAAGCUGAACGGGACCAUAAGCGACAAAGCCGGACGACUGAUCGAGUUCCGACAGACGGCGCCGGUCUGUCUGGUCCAGCCUGAUGGUGAAGGUUUAGCAACGAUGACUCUGAUUCUCUUCCUGGGGAUUUUAAUCGUCCUCCUCACUGUAAUCGCCAUCAUCAUCUGGCGGGUGAAGGCGUGGACCAUGACGGGCGGCAAAGAAGACCUCCCAAACAGUCUGCAACCGCGCCACGUCCAGUCCAAAGGCGAGUGCAUCAUGGACAUAGACCGCGAGAUCGACAUCGUCUCGGACGUGGAAAGAGUCAGCUUGAUCUCCCGGAGUGACAACGGCUCCUCGGGUGAUUCAACCACAACGAAAAUUUCCAUCCCUCCGGAGGACCCAGCGCCGGAGCUGGAAGAGGAGGAGGAGGAGGAGGAGGAAGAGGAGAUACAGGAAUCUCCUUACAACCAGCCUCACGUGGUCGUGGACCUGGGUGACGGACACACGGCCUUAGGUUACGUGGAGUCGUAGCAGGCAGAGGUCCGUGGUGUGGACAGUUGAGAGGGACUCAAAGGACUCAAAACUAUCAGUUGGGUGGCUGUGUUCAUCAAGGUCUUAAGACCGGGAUGCAGCCCAGGCACUAGUUCAGGGGUCACCAACGCGGUGCCUGUGGUCACCAGGUCGCCCGUAAGGACCAGAUGAGUCGCCCGCUGACCUGGUCUAAAAAUAGCUCAAAUAGCAGCACUUACCAGUGAGCUGCCUCUAUUUUUAAAAUUGCAUUUAUUUACUAGCAAGCUGGUCUCGCUUUGCUGGACAUUUUUAAUUCUAAGAGAGACAAAACUCAAAUAGAAUUAGAAAAUCCAAGAAAAUAUUUGAAAGACUUGGUCUUCUUGUUUAAAUAAAUUCAUAUAUUUUUUUACUUUGCUUCUUAUAACUUUCAGAAAGACAAUUUUAGAGAAAAAAAUACAACCUUAAAAAUGAUUUUAUGAUUUUUACCUUUUAAAUUCCUUCCUCUUCUUUCCUGACAAUUUAAAUCAAUGUAUUUUUUUAUUUAUUGUCAAGAAUAAUAAAUACAUUUUAAUUUUAAUUCUUCAUUUUAGCUUCUGUUUUUUCGACGAAGAAUAUUUGUGAAAUAUUUCUUCAAACUUAUUAUGAUUAAAUUAAAAAUAAAAAUGUUCUGGUAAAUCUAGAAAAUCUGUAGAAUCAAAUUUAAAUCUUUUAUAAUUUUUGUUCUGGAAAAUCUAGAAGAAAUAAUGAUUUGUCUUUGUUAGAAAUAUAGCUUGGUCCAAUUUGUUAUAUAUUCUAACAAAGUGCAGGUUGGAUUUUAACCUAUUUAAAACAUGUCAUCAAAAUUCUAAAAUUAAUCUUAAUCGGGAAAAAUGACUAAUGAUGUUCCAUAAAUUAUUUUUUGAAUUUUUUCAAAAAGAUUGGAAUUAGCUAGUUUUUCUCUUCAUUUUUUUCGGUUGAAUUUUAAAGAGUCGAAAUUGAAGAUAAACUAUGUUUCAAAAUGUAAUCUUCUUUUUUUCCCUGUUUUCUCCUUUUUUAAACCGUUCAAUCAAGUGUUUUUUUCAUCAUUUAUUCUCUACAAAAAACCUUCCGUAAUAAGGGAAAAAAAUGUACGACGGAAUGACAGACAGAAAUACCCAUUUUUUUUUAUAUAUACAGAUUUAUUUAUUAAAGGUAAAUUGAGCUAA